ACUCAUUGUAAGAAUGUAAAAAAGACGCUUAGGUAUUUGCAGACAUUGCUCUGUGUUAGUGUUUUUGCCAAGCUGAUCUCAAAAAUGUCCUCUUCAUCAUCGUCAUCAUCUUCAUCAACACUGCUGAACUAUGGAUAACUACACUAUGGAUUUCUGUCUUUGCUGCUGUGAUCAUAGUGGAUAUCGAAUGGGUCAGUUCUCUGGGCUCGGAGGGGGAGGAUGCUGAUGAGGUGGGUCUGUGGAGCCUGGAACCCCAGGACGACCAGGGCAGCCUGGACAAGACCAGUCUGACCCCCAGCGAGGGUGAGGGAGACGGGGAAGGGACCGAGCCAGGAAGGACCCCCAGCCCCAGGGGCCAGUUAACCCGGCCCCAAAGCCCCAUCCCCAGGGAGGGCCACUGGGCAGAGGGGGAAGAGGAGGUACCUGAGAGUGGGAUAACUAUGGACAGGAAGCAGGAAUCUCUCAUGACCUACACAGGUCAGAGAUCAGACAGCAGGGCCUUGGAGGACAUGGCCCACUAUGAUUUCCUGGUGCAGCUGAGAAAGGCAUCCUCCCACCAACCUGCCUCACACCACUACCAGCACCACAACCACCUGCCCCCCAACGGCAGAAGCCCUGCCCCAGCCAUGUACCACACUGGCAGCCUGUGCCUCCAUGAUGACCUCCCUCCCGUUUGGUCUCUUGGGGCUCAGUGCUCACCUGAGAGACCAGACGGCGUCCCUUUAAGUCCAGAUGCUCUAAGGAACCUACAGGCUUGUCCGUUCUGCCAGCAUACCUUUCACCGCAGAGGGUCCCUACGAGAGCACAUCAGGUUUUGCCACGAGCGGGACGGGGGGCACUAUAGAGCUCAGAUGGAACGACACAUGGGACUGAACAGUCAGCACAUUGACCAUGGUGCGGAGAGCAGGAAGUUCAAGUGUUUUCAGUGUGGGAAAUCCUUCAAGUACAAACACCACCUCAAAGAGCACCUCCGCAUCCACAGUGGUGAGAAACCGUAUGAAUGUUCCAACUGCAAGAAGCGCUUCUCUCACUCUGGCUCCUACAGCUCACACCUCAGCAGUAAGAAGUGCUUGACAGGAGGAGGAGGAGGAGAAGGAGGAGGAGGAGGAGGAGGGGGACAUAGAGGUGGAGGGGAGAGCUAUAACAACAGACAUAGCCAGGGGACCUUCCAGUCCUCCCCUUCAUCACCCUCAGCGGGAAGCGGUAGGAACAGCAGUGGAAAGGGCUCUCCCUACCUUCCUCACACCCAGAAGCGUCAGUCACCAAUGGGCUUAGAGAGGGAGCUGUACCCCCCUGGGGACCAGGGCAGGGGGGUCCUCCAGGGUCGGGAGCUAGGCAGGCUGUGGGACCCCCCAGCGGAGUUCUCCCUCCGGGACAACGUGUUCAAGGCCACCACCCUGCUGCCGUACCUCCAUGCCAGCGCCGGGGGCAAGUUUGAGCAGAUGCUGCAGGAGAUGUUUGACAGGGAGGAGGGAGAUGUAGGCUCACCCAGGGAGGAAGGGAGACUGGGGAUUCACAACGGAGGGCGAGACAGGAAGGCAGAUGAUCCAAAACCGCUGAAACGCAACCGGACCGGCUCGGGUGAGGGGUACAGGGGUAGGGUGACAUGUCACUGGUGCUCCCAGCUCUUCCCCAGCCCUGCCGUUUUACUGCAGCACGAGCGCUACCUCUGUAAGAUUAACCGGAAGGCCAUGGAGGUGCCUGAAGGUCCUCGCAGCAAAGACCACCUCUCUCCCCUCUACUUCUCCUCCAGAACCCCACUCCAGCCACCCCCACCAGACAACAACAAUAAAACCCCAGCGAUGGCUAACGGUUUGUCCAAAGAUAAGUCUCCUCUCCAGAGACCCUGCUGGCACUCUGUCCCUCAGAAGCUGCUGGUCGCCAUGCACUCCCCCCUACAGCCCCACCCAGACUCACUAUCCAUGAGAUCCUAUUGGUCUAGCCAGGAGAGUGGCAGGAGUGGCGGCAGCCCCGGCCAACCAGCACCAACUAGCCCUGCUACAGACAUGUCCUCACUGCUACCAAUAGGACCAUUCCCCUCUUCGGAGAUCGACUCGCCCCUCUGCCUGGACCUUUCCAACACCACUCUCACCACCCCUUGGAGUCGAACCAUCCCCCAAGGAAGGACCUCCAGGUCGGGUAGCUCCCAGAAUGACCAACCCCUGGAUCUCUCCCUCCCCAAGCCCCAGGAGGGGAAAGCCCUGGAGGACAGCAUGCCCAGUAAUGGACACCCUCGUCCGGGAGAAAAGAGAGAGAAGACCUACAGAGAGCCAGCAGAGGACCAGCAGCUCCACAGGAGGCUGAGUCUCAGUCCACCUUGGCAACAGCAUCAAGCCGUCUACAGUGGCGUUCCGAUGUUUGACGGCUCCAUCUACAGUGCAUACCCUCUGUUUAAUCCCAUGAUGCCUGCUGGACUAGCUGGCUCAGGACAGGAUGUGGUCCCCUCCCUGCCCCUCAGUCACCCAGCCAGCAGCCAGCGAUUCCUCUCCCCUAUGGUCUACAUGAUGGAGUCAGACACAGAUGCUGUGCUGAAGAGGAUCCAUCAGGAGAGACAAGCCUUCAUGGGUGAGGUGAUGGGUGGUGGGGGUCUGGACUACCUCUCUCUGAUGGAGGUGGGAGGAGAGGGAGAAGGGGGACCAGGGAGGAAGAGACUGAAGAAGACAGACGAAGGCCUGUACGCCUGCGACAUCUGUGACAAGACCUUCCAGAAGAGCAGCUCUCUGCUCCGACACAAGUAUGAGCACACAGGUAAACGUCCCCACGAGUGCCAGAUCUGCAGGAAGGCCUUCAAGCAUAAGCACCAUCUGAUGGAACACAGUCGCCUGCACUCUGGAGAGAAGCCCUAUGAGUGUGAUAAGUGUGGCAAGAGGUUCUCCCACUCUGGCUCAUACUCCCAACACAUGAACCAUCGAUACGCCUACUGUAGCAGGGACCAGGAACAGGAAGGGGUCGAGGAGCCUCCUCUUACACCAGGAGGGUCCACCGAUCUGGGCCAUGUUUCCGGGGGCACCCCCUUCUCCAUGGAGUACACCCCAAUGUUUCUCAGUGAUGCCAGUCUGGACGGGGGGAUAGGAGGGAGAGCACAUGAAGAGGAGGAGGAAGAGGAGGACGAGACAGACAAGACUAAAGGUGGCCAUAUGAAGGAGGCGUGUACUUUAUCGGGGUCAGGGUCUGGUGAAGGGUUAGGGUUGGAGCUGUGCUCUAGUCCUGUGGGGAAUGAGAGAGACAGACAGCAUGUCGACAGAGACAAUGGAGAAGGAGAGAAUUCUGGUCAAGAGACUUACAGACUUGAAAACAACAAUCACUGGGACAGAGAUGCAUUGGAACAAAAUGGAGAGCAGAACACAGACACUUACGAGCUGAGCCCAGAAGCUCCACUGUCACAAUGACAACAGCGGACAAGUAUGCCAAAAACAAUACAUCUAGCUACAAACAUUUAACAUUUUAGUCAUUUACGAGACAUUCUUAUCCAGAUCGACUUACAGUUAGUGUAUUAAUCUUCAAAUAGCUAGGUGAGACAGCAACAUAUCACAAUCAUAUCAAGUACAUUUUCUCCUCAGUAAAGUAGCUAUCAGCAAAGUCACUGCUAAUGGGGAAAAGAGAAGUGCCUUUUUUUGGU